AUGGGUCUGAUUGAGACCUUCAUUGGCCAUAUCUCACCCAAGAUUGUCUUGGCCUUAGUGCCAGGACUGUUUUUGGCCUGGCUGCUUAACACUCUAAUCAUCAAGCCGGCAUGGCAAGAGAUCAAGUUGGCCAGAUUGCCCGGUGCCAGGGCUCCCAGGAUGUCGACCAAACUCCCUUUUGGCCUUGACUUCCUAUGGACCAGUGUCCGGGCAUCCAUGAAGUACAAGAACCUUGAUUUUUGGCGGGAGAGCUUCAAGAAAGUUGGCUCCAACACCUUUGAAGCACGCUUGUUUGGCCGCAAUAUCAUCUUCACUAUAGAUCAUGAGAACAUCAAGGCCAUCCUGGCGACGCAGUUCCACGACUACGGCAAAGGCGAGACCUUCCACAACGAGUGGAAGGACUUCUUGGGCGACAGCAUCUUCACUACCGACGGCACCCUCUGGCAUAGCAGCCGGCAAUUGAUCCGCCCUCAGUUCAUCAAGGACCGGGUUAGUGAUCUUCAUGUUUUCGAGCGGCAUAUGCAGAUUUUGUUCCGUGCCAUUGCCAAUGGCGGCCCUCUCCAUGGUGAAGAUCAGCCCGUCGACUUGGGAGCCGGUAACGGAAGGCCAGUUGACAUCAGCGAUCUGUUUUUCCGGUAUACCUUGGAUGCCUCGACAGAGUUCUUGUUGGGCAAGGAUGUCAAGUCACUCAGCACUCCGGUUCAGGACUUUGCCGAAGCCUUCGGCGAAGUCCAGCGUGUGCAGAGUCUCAUCGCGCGCGCUGGCCCCCUCAAUCGGCUUGUCUCUCGCAAGACUUUUUGGGAGGGUAUGAGGGUCAUCAACAGCUUUAUCGACACUAUCAUCGAUCGAGCUCUGCAGUUGAGCGAUGAAGAAUUGGCAACUAAGAGCAAGAAUGAUGUGGGCUACACGUUCCUACAUGCUCUGGCAGGCUACACACGCGACCGUACCGUGCUGCACGACCAACUCAUCGCCGUUCUGCUCGCAGGCCGCGAUACGACCGCAUGCACGCUAUCGUGGACCAUUUACGAGCUGGCGCGCCAUCCCGAGUGUCUUGCUAAGUUGAGGGCUGAGAUCCUGUCGGUCGUUGGUCCUGACCGCUGCCCAACGUAUGAAGAUCUCAAGAGUAUGAAGUACCUGCAAAAUGUCAUGAACGAGACCCUGAGGCUGUACCCCGUCGUUCCGUUCAACGUUCGUCUAGCCUUGAAAGACACCACUCUCCCUCGCGGUGGCGGCCCGACCGGUUUGGAGCCCGUCAAAGUCCUCAAGAACACCCCGAUCGCCUACUCCACGAUCUGCAUGCAACGCCGUCCCGACCUGUAUCCUCCCGUUGGACCAAACUUCCCUCCUGUCGAAGUCUUCUCUCCCGAUCGCUGGUUCCACUGGCAGCCGAAGCCAUGGCAGUACAUCCCGUUCAACGGCGGUCCGCGUAUCUGCAUCGGCCAGCAGUUUGCGCUGACCGAGAUGGCGUAUGUGCUGACGAGGUUGUUCCAGCGGUAUGAACGGGUUGAGAGUCUGAUGGGACCCAUCGACGGGGGCAACCCGAAGCUUAGAGCGGAGGUCGUGCUGCAGCCGGGAGACGGCGUCAAAGUUGCAUUUUGGCAGGCCAACAGGGCUCAAGGGGAGAAGUAA